GCUCAGAUCAUGCCAACGAUAUGCAGAACAGGAUGGCCUUUGCGAAAACACUCAAGAGAAUCUCCAAGCUAUCGAGGAGUGGAGGCGCAGCAGGAACCAACUCUGUUGUGCUGAGGAACUCUACCGCCGUCGAAGGAGCAACUUCACCGCCGCCGCCGCCGACGAGGAUGAGGAGGAGGUCAGUAGCAAGAUCAGGUUCGGGGCCUGUAACUGAAGAGGUGUUAAAGGCUGUUCUGAUGGAGGCUGCUCCCAUCACAUCGAUGGAACUUGUUGCCUUGUUCAAAUCGCGUUUGAAGUCUUCCAAGGAUAAGAAGGCCUUUGCGGGCAUGCUGAAGAGAAUUUCCAGGAUCUCGAAGGGAGAUAACGGAGCCAACUAUGUUGUGCUGAGGAGCGGAGUUUGCGAUUCUGAAUCCAAUCCACUAAUUCAAUCCUUCGAUUCGUUAAAAAUAUCCAACUGAUACAAUCCAAUCCAUUUGAUCCAAAUCCA